UGCGUGAUGAGACGCGAGUAGUGAGGGCUGGGACAGGAAGGAUUAGCCGGAGGGAGGGAUGACUGAAUAACGAGGAGAGAUAAACACCCACCCACCCACUGCCCGACUCCCGACCGACCGAGCCGUAUCCGGAGAGGAGUGACACGCGAAGAAGGAAGGGAGAGAAGAAUCGGGACGCGGCAGCGGUCGUUUCGGAUUUGUCUUUUUGGAGAAGGAAAUAGGACGCUUUCAAUAUAUGACUGGAGAGGUCCAUGUCGCUGGUUGUGAGGAUGUUUUCUCAGGGUUAUCUGUGGGCUCCACUGGUGUUACUGGUUGUCAUUUCCCAUUUCCCCAAUAAAGCACAGGAUCAGGUUCCAGCUCCGAGGAGGCUGCGAUUCAAAGUGCUGAGCCCAAACAACCUGCUCAUCUCGUGGAAAGAGCCCAAAGGCGACUUUGAUAGCUACUUGUUCCUCUACAACAGCAUACCAGGUGGCCAUCAGAGGGAGAUCAUCAUAUCAAACAGUGACACUAAGGUGUUGAUAACGGACUACGAUCCAUCCAAGGACUAUGUCGUCAGUGUCAUUUCUGUCAGUGGCAGUACUCAGAGCCGAGCACUUCUGGGCAGAUUUAAAGCCGUCGAUGGUGGUGGAGGAGGCAAAACGGAGCCGCAGCAUUUGACCGAUUCAUUGAUUCUUCCCGAAGAUGUCAAUGAGAUCUCCGGAGUGGACCAGUUUGUGUGCCACACUGAGUCCAUAGCAGACAUUGUGAUCCUGGUGGAUGGCUCGUGGAGUAUCGGUCGUCUCAACUUCCGGCUGGUCCGCAUGUUCUUGGAAAACCUGGUCAGCGCCUUUGAAGUUGGCAUCGACAAGACCAGGAUUGGUUUGGCUCAGUAUAGUGGUGAUCCCAGGAUAGAGUGGCACCUCAAUGCUUUCACUACGAAAGAAGCUGUCAUUGAUGCUGUCAAGAACCUUCCUUACAAAGGAGGAAACACUCUCACGGGGCUUGCACUGUCCUAUAUCUUGGAGAACUGUUUCAAGGCUGAGUCUGGUGCUCGUGUUGGUGUACCUAAGAUCGGGAUCCUCAUCACUGAUGGGAAGUCUCAGGAUGAUGUCAUACCGCCUGCAGAAAGCCUGCAAAAAGCUGGGGUUGAGUUGUUUGCAAUUGGUGUAAAGAAUGCUGAUGAGAAUGAGCUGCGCUCCAUUGCUUCAGAGCCCGAUGACUCUCAUGUAUAUAAUGUUGCUGACUUCAACGUUAUGAGCUCCAUUGUAGAAGGACUGACGAGAAUGGUGUGUGAGCAAGUGGAGCAGCAAGACAAGGAUAUUAAGGAGCAACAGCCAGAAAGAAUUGGACCGCCAUCAGACUUGGUGACUUCAGAGGUGACCGCCAGGUCCUUUCGAGUGACAUGGCGCCACACCCCUGGAAAUGUUGCAAAAUACAGAGUGGUUUAUUUCCCUGUUCAUGGAGGACAACCGCAGGAGGCUGUUGUUGACGGCCGUGACACCUCCGUAGUGUUGGGGCAUCUCAACUCGCAGACUGAAUACCAGCUGUCCGUCUUUGCUGUGAAUGAAAACGAAGCCAGUGAACCACUAAGAGGAUCUGAAACCACCCUGGCUCUUCCCACCGUGACAGACCUCCAGCUGUUAGAUGUGACUCACAACAGCAUAAAAGCAAGAUGGGACAGUGUGAAGGGAGCAUCGGGCUACAUGGUGCUUUAUGCUCCACUUACGGAUGAUGGCGACUUAGAUGAGAAAGAGGUCAAAGUGUCAGAAGCUGUGUACAAGCUGGAACUAGAUGGUCUGAUCCCCCACACUGAGUAUACGAUCACUGUUUAUGCUAUGUUUGGAGAGGAGGCCAGCGAACCCAUUACAAAGCAGGAAACAACUUUGCCACUUAGUGCGCCUCGGAACCUCCAGUUCUCUGAUAUCACGCACAACUCGGCACGCAUCAGCUGGGACCCCGCGGCCAAUGGAGUGACUGGUUAUCGUAUCAUGUGGGUUAAGACGGAUGGGCGGGUUACUGAGGAGGUGGAAGUUGGACCUGUGAGCUCUUAUGACCUCAGUGGACUGACAUCUCUGAUGGAGUACUCGGUGGCUCUAUUCGCUUUAUAUGAUGAAGGCCAAUCAGAGCCGCUCACUGAUGGAUUCACGACGACUCCAGUUCCAGGUCCCCUACAUCUCCGAUCCAGUGAUGUCAGUUCAGAUGGCUUUCAGGUCAACUGGGAUCAUUCCGCAGAUGACAUCAUCGUCUAUAGACUCUCCUGGGCACCACUCGCAGGAGGCAACACAAAGGAGGUGAUCCUGAGUGGAAGCGAUAACCGAUACAUGUUGACUGAUUUGAGUUCUUCCACUGCGUACGAAGUUAUGGUGAUGGCAGUCUUCAAAGAUCAAUCAGAGAGCGACGCAGUUUCUGUCACAGAGACGACAUUGGCCAAGACAACAACCAUCGCCACCACAACCACUGCCCCCCGCCAGGCGGUUAGGAACCUUCAUCUGAGUGAUGAAACCACGCAGAACCUCCAGGCAUCAUGGGAGCUGGACGACCCCCGUGUGGAGAGCUUCAGGCUGUCUUACGCCAGCAUCGGGGCCAAUCACAAAGAGGAGACGGUGUUAGUUCCUGGUCGUCAGAAAAGUAUGUUGCUCGAGUCCUUACUUCCUGACACUCAGUACAAAGUAACUGUCACGCCAGUUUACACGGAUGGAGGCGAUGGCAUCAGUGCAUCCACACAGGGGACCACGUUGCCUCUCUUGUCUCCUGAAAACCUUCGUGCAUCAGAGGAGUGGUACAACCGCUUCAGGGUCACCUGGGAUCCUCCACCGUCUGCUGUUAUGGGUUACAAAAUCAUUUACCAGCCGAUUAAUGCACCAGGGAAUGUUUUGGAGAUGACCGUGAAUGAAGACUUUAACUCGGUUCUCCUCCUGAAUCUGCAAAGUGGGACAGAGUACAGCGUUCAAGUGUCCGCUUCCUACCCUUCGGGACAAAGUGAACCAUUGCUUGUGAACGCAAAGACAUUGUUCCUGGGUGUGUCUGACUUGACAGUCUACCAGGUGCGGCACAACAGCAUGUGUGUGCAAUGGCAGCCUCAUCUGCAUGCCACUUAUUACAGAAUCUCCAUCCAGUCCACACUCAACAGUCAGCGACAAGAAGUGAGCCUAGAAGGCGGGGCUUCUCGACAGUGCUUCUACGACCUUUUUCCAAGCAGCCAAUAUGAGAUCAGCAUUCACGCGCUGAUGCCGGACAUGGAAGGACCUCCCAUCUCCGUCACUGACAUGACACUGCCAGCGCCCACUCAGGCGCCAACUGAACCCCCUGCCACGGAGCCCCCUCCCACAAUCCCACCUGCCAAAGAAGUAUGCAAGGAAGCCAAAGCGGACCUGGCAUUCCUGGUUGAUGGCUCCUGGUCAAUUGGAGACGACAACUUCAUGAAAAUCACAAAUUUCUUGUAUAAUGCCAUUGGAUCACUGGAUCAAAUUGGGCCCGAUGGUACCCAGGUGGCCAUUUGUCAGUUCAGUGAUGAUGCUCGUACAGAGGUCCAGUUGAGUUCCCAUGGUAACAAAGAAGCACUGCUGGAAGCGAUUCAGAGGAUCAGAUACAAAGGAGGCAACACAAAGACGGGGCGAGCCAUUAAACAUGUGAAGGAGUCCAUUUUCACCUCUGAUGCUGGAGCCAGGAGGGGCGUCCCCAAAGUCCUGGUUGUCCUCACUGAUGGCCGUUCACAAGAUGAUGUCAAUAAAGUGUCCAAGGAAAUGCAGAUGGAUGGAUACAUCAUUUUUGCAAUCGGCUUUGCCGACGCAGAUUACGGCGAACUGGUCAACAUUGCCAGCAAGCCCAGCGACAGACACGUCUUCUUCGUGGAUGACUUGGAUGCUGUGAAGAAAAUUGAAGAACAGCUCAUUACUUUUGUCUGCGAGGCAGCCACUGCCACUUGUCCGUCUAUUCUGAUGAGUGGAAACAGCAUGGCAGGUUUUCGUAUGAUGGAGAAAUUUGGUUUGGUGGAGAAGGAGUACAACACCAUUGCUGGAGUUUCCAUGGAACCGGGCUCAUUCAACAGCUUCCCGUGUUACCGGUUACACCGGGACGCUCUGGUGUCGCAGCCCACCAAGUACCUUCAUCCUGAAGGUUUACCAUCCGACUACACCAUCUCCAUGAUGAUACGCUUGCUUGCCGAGACUCCGCAGGAGCCUUUUGCAUUAUGGGAAAUCCUCGAUAAGGACACCGAGCCGUUGGUGGGACUCAUCUUGGACUACUCUGGGAAGAGUUUGACAUUCUUCAACUACGACUACAAAGGAGACUUUCAAAGUGUCACCUUUGAAGAGCCUCAAAUAAAAAAAGUCUUCCAUGGAAGUUUCCACAAGCUCCAUGUGAGCAUCAGCAAGACGGCAGUCAAGGUGGUGUUGGACUGCGCCGUUGUGGGAGAAAAAGCCAUCACUGCAGCCGGGAACAUCACCACGGAUGGCGUGGAGGUCCUGGGUCGCUUGGUGCGGUCUCGAAGUAGACGGGACAACUCUGCUCCGUUUCAGCUCCAGAUGUUUGAUAUCAUCUGCAGUACGUCGUGGGCAAGCAGGGAUAAGUGUUGUGAACUCCCAGCUUUGCGAGUUGAAGAGGAGUGCCCCUCAAUGCCUCACGCCUGCACCUGUUCUCAAGACAGCAAGGGACCCCCAGGACCUUCCGGACCUCCUGGUGGUCCGGGGAUACGGGGAACACGAGGAGACAGGGGGGAACCUGGAGUGACGGGACCUCAAGGGCCUGUGGGAGAGGUUGGCUCUGCUGGACCACCAGGGCUGCCAGGUCCUCAAGGACCCAGUGGCCUCUCUAUUCAGGGGCCUCCGGGCGCUGCUGGGGAGAAGGGAAAGACGGGAGAGAUCGGCCCAGCCGGCCCAAUGGGUGUUCCUGGAAGCCAGGGAUCCCCCGGUAGGGAUGGUCCCCCCGGAGCGAGGGGCCUACCAGGUAAUGAUGGACCUCAGGGUCGACAUGGCCCGCCGGGCCCUCUUGGAGCCCCGGGCGCACCUGGAGCUACGGGACCAAUUGGAGCAGCAGGUCCUAAAGGAGAGCGAGGACUUUCUGGUCCCACUGGUAUCAAAGGAGAUAAAGGAGAAAGAGGUGACGUGCAGUCCCAAGCAGCCGUGCGCGCUAUAGCAAGACAAGUGUGUGAGCAACUCAUCCAGAGCCAUUUGUCACGGUAUAACUCCAUCCUGAACCAGAUCCCAAUCCAGUCGUCUGCACCAGUACAUAGAAUGCCCGGGCCACCUGGUGAGCCUGGCAGACGAGGCCCCCCAGGACCUCAGGGAGAGCAAGGACCACCCGGCAGGCCCGGUUUCCCUGGUUCUAACGGGCAGAGUGGACGGCCAGGAGAAAGAGGUCUUGCAGGGGAUAAGGGUGAGAGAGGCAGUCCAGGUGUUGGGCCACAAGGACCUCGGGGACCCCCGGGACCACCAGGGUCACCAGGUGAGGGGCGCACAGGAAGUCAGGGCCCCCUCGGGCGACCUGGGAGCCCGGGGGCUCCAGGGAGGCCGGGAAAUCCAGGUUCCCCCGGAUCAGCUGGAUCGCCAGGUUACUGCGACCAGAACUCUUGUUUGGGGUACAAUGUUGGAGUUCAACGGGACUAUGGGAAUGAUUACUGAGGAGCGCUCUCCAGCUCUCCUCCUGUCCUUCCUCUACAUCCUGUAGAUUCAGAGACUUCCUCAAGAUAUCCAUCCUCCUUUGCGAUGGAGAGUUGCAAGCAUUUAAAACUUCCUUCCUGCAGGAGCAUUUUUUUUUUCCAGAACCGCUUCAUAUUUGCACAUUGUGGAUUUAAAAAAAGAAGAAGAAAGAAAAGGGGGGAAAAAAGUCUAAUUCAGCCUUGCUUUGCUGUUCCGGCGCCAUAUUUUGACAAUCUCUGAGGCAACUGUGGAUUAUAGUUUACCAAAAACAGACCAUAAUACUGUUAUUAUGCGCACACAAUGCUUCGGUGCCGCAGCCUCUUCAAAUCUCUUCAGCGCUAAUCUCGUCUUUCAAGUGACUUCUUACUUGUUGGCUGCUUUAUUCAGUUUGCCUGCUUAAAAAUGGGCACAACCCCAUCGAAUUUAGGCCUGGUGUUGUCACCAUUUCUAACUUCACCAGGAGAUGAGAUUUCAACCUCUGCAUGCUCCUUACGUUUCUUCAAAGCUUCUCUUCUCAAGAUGGUGAUGGAUAAGCAGUUUUUGACUCCACCCUUAGGCCCCCAGGCAACAACAAAUCAAUAUUUCAAAAACAAUGUCAUUCAUUAAAUGAUUGACUUCAACGGUCUCCUUACAAUAGACAAACCUGUUAUUAGGGGGGGGUGUCAUUUCUGUUUUGUCCGGGAUUGCCUGCUGGCUGGAGCCCCCAACUAACCGACAGUCAGCGACAACAAAGAAGGGACUGCAAUUCAGGUGGCGGGAUUCGUUUUUUCCUAAACGCCCUCCAGGCAGCUCUAAUUCUGCUCCUUGGACUCCCCUAUGGAGUUAUUUCCCGCCAAGUGUGUGCCACAACUGACCGCCAAUGUUCCCGUUACCCUCUCACAGUCCAAACUUUUCCUAAUGGUGGCUACCAGCCCUACAAUCAAGCCUACAACCAGGCCUACAACCCUUCAGCAGUAGCCCGUAAUGAUGACGAGGAAGAGGGGGAUGAAGAGGACCCUUAUUACGCCCAUCAUCCCUAUCGCUACCGUUCUGACCCCUCCCGCUCAGAAGAUGUGGAAGUGCGGUCACCCGGCGUGGUCAGGAGGUUGACCCGUGAUGUCAUCAAGAAGGAGGAAGCACUUACCUCAAGUGCUUGAGCUCUACGCUUACACAAAAUAAGCUGCAGCAAGAAGUCCCCACCCCUUUCCAUUCCCUCUCUGAGUGGUUUUCUCAAACUGUUGAAAGUCUGUAAAUAUCUCUGUGGACUCUUGUAUAAUAUUGCAAAAAGUGCCUGAUCUUUGUUUUGUUUGUAAUCGUGAGAUGAGCUAUGGGAAGCCAUUUCAGCAUUUAUUCAAUUCCUUCUUUGUCUUCACUACAAAAGACAUUGUGGAUUUUACCAUUACAGCUUUGCACUAAUCUGACAUUUGUGCACAUUAGCACGCCAUUUUUAACAUGAGCCAGGGGCGGAGUUAUGUGGUGGCCGCUCUCUGGCGACCCCCACCUCUAGGAAAAGAUUUCAACUAACAGUUGUUCCACCGGUGAGCCGAAUUGUCUAACAAGUGCAUAAGCGAACCUUAAGAUGGAUUUCGAAUAAAUGCUCAAACAGCUUUCUAUAGGCACCCGCUCAUCUUCACAAACAUCUCGUAUUCAAAAAAGACGAGGUGUUACCACUUGUACAGGCAGCUGUUUACGUUGACUAAACAUCACCUGGUGAUCUAUUUCAGUGUGUUCAUCUUUUCGGCUGUGUUCACUUUGUUCGGGUGAAAAUAUACCUUGGUGCGAUUGAUUGCUCUGCGUGCAUGGUUCAUGUGAACAUGCAAGAUGAUAUUGGUCUGCUUGCAAGUGAACUCAAGUGCGGUGAGACAGAAUAGUAUUAAAAUGAUGUCUCAAAUAAAAAAAAAUCAAUUCAGUGCAGACAGCCCGUACUCCUUCCAUCAAUUUUCUGUAGCACUUAGCAUUUGAAAUGUUCUUACGUCAGUAGUAUCGUAAACCGCAGACCCUCAUAGUGGCCAUGUGUGAACACCGCCUUCAUCUGAAAUGAUUUUUUUUCUGUACAGUGUUGUUUACUUCCCUUCAGCUGAAUACAUCGAUCCCUUCCCCAAGUUACCUGAACACUGUGGAAUACAUACAGUACUCAUUGCGUUAAAUUCUAUUAUUGCUACUCCGUGUUUGUGUUGUCAUAAGCUUUUGUGGUGUUUGUCUCAGCACAAUACUUGUGAGCUGCUGGGUUCCAGAGAAAGAAAUGUCAAUGGUCACAAUUGACCUUGAUAGCAAGGACCGUCAUUCAAAAACAAGAUCAUAAAUCGGUUGAUAGCUGCUUUGAUAAGUCACAAAACUCAUAAAUUAGAAAAAAAAAAAUGUAAUUAGUUGAUUUGCCUCAAUUGGGCAUCAAACAAUAAUACAAAACACUAAAAUGACAAAAUUAGACACGUGUUGUUGCUGCUGUUUACUUUUUUGUUAUUGUUCUCAUGCUGUCUGGUUUUGACUCCUUAACUGGAUUCAGUUUGCAGUCAAAAUAAAACGAGUUGGGAUUCAUCCACAAGCACAAAACUUGAGCAGUGCGCCAACCCGCAUCUUUUCUGUUUUAUUAACUGAACAAGAAAUGUGUCAUUGCAUGAAUGUAUUUAUUUUGUUUGCUUUUAUAACCAAUAAAUCUGUCAUGAGACAACAAAUGAUGCUUCUAUUGUUUGGGAAUACUCCAAAGAAAAUGCUCAAACUAUAUUUAAAAAAAAAAAAAAAAAAGCACUCAAUUAGAAUGUCUCAAAUUUUAUUUUACAACAAAAGUCAAAU